UCUUAGAAUUUCCCCUAUCAAACUGAUUCCCCUUCUUCACUUUAAUCCAAAUCCUCAUACUUCUUGAUCUCUUUGCAAGAUCGAGCAUAAGUAAGCCAUAGAAGAAAUGAAAAGAAGUGUUUGGUAGCGUAGUUUCGACGAUCAAUCUAAUAGGAUUAUCAUCAAAUAGAAGCUAACAGUCACAAAGAAGAGAUCGAACUAAACUAAAGCUAUGCGACUGAUUUUUAUCAUUUUAGUUUUCUUUUCGGGAACAGUACUCUCAAGAUACUAUGAAAAAAGACGUUUUGAUCGUUCCGUAUAUGAUGACUUUGAAAUAUCGAAUACUCGUAAACUCGCAAUAAAUAAACAAUGGACAUUUACUGAUUACAAAACGCAUUUUAAAGCAUAUAAAGAUAAAAAAGAAAAUAAAUGUUAUAUACAGAAAUUUGAAGAUAAGGAGGAACUUUUAGAAAAUAAAAUCAAACAAAGAUUCAAAACUUUUUAUAUUUCGAAUGAAUUUUUAACAAAAUUAAAGGCAUGGCAACUUGCGGGAGAAAGAAUAGUUAAUUUUUGUAAUAAACGUAAAAUUAUUUUAAUACAGAGAGUUGCAUCUAUAUUAAAUCCAACAAAUAUUCACUAUUUUAAUUCACUUUCUUUCGAAAAAUAUUUACUUCAACCAUCUUUGAUAAAACGUGCCAAAAGACAAAUUGUAUUUGAAAAAAAACAGAAAUUUAAUAAAAAAUUUAAAGAAAAUCGUUUACGUCGUCAAAUACAACAAUCUCCAGGCAAAUUUCAAGGGCAAACACAAUCUCAGUAUUUAAGUAUUGAUAAUAAUAAUAAUAAUAAAGAAGAAGGCAAAGCUGAAGCUGAAGCUACUCAACAAUCUUCACGCGCAGUUGUUAGUGGAAAAUAUGGUAUGGGUCAAGCACAAAGUAUGUCAUUAGGUAAUAUUGGAUGUGAAGAUUGUCAAAAAUAUUCUGAUGAAAAUGCUCCAGAUAGAUAUGUUCAAAUUCCAGCAACCAAACAAUCAGAGGACACUAUUGUUCAUCCUAGUAAAAUUAUUCCAGGAAUAAGCACUACUUAUUCUGAUAGAAUACCUAUUAGAGGUCAUAUACCUUACUUUAACAAUAUACAUGGUACCAGUGGUAUAACAACCUAUCCUGGCAGUGUAGAUGGUACAACAAAUAGUAGAACAACUUAUCCUGAAGGCGGAAGUAUAACUUAUCCAAGUGUGUCUGAUACUAUAACAGGUGUUGAUGUAACUCAUCCUGGAAGUAUAUCUGGUACUAAAACUGGUGAUAUAGCUUAUCCUGCAGUUUAUCCUGGAAGUGUAUCUGGUACUACAAUUGGUAGUAAUAUAGUUUAUCCUCAAGGAAUACCUGGUACUGCAAUUAAUACUCAUUUAACUUAUCCUGGAAGUAUACCUCAUACUGCUAUUGGUAGUAGUAUAGCUUAUGCUGGAGAUAUAUCUAGUACUAUAGCUAAAGAUAAUAUAGCAUAUCCUGGAAGUGUACCUGGCAUUGCAACUAGUAAUAGUGCAGCUUAUCCUGGAAAUAUACCUAGUACUACAACUAGCGGUGAUAGAGCUUAUCGUAAAGGUAUAGCUACUGGUGACAUAGCUUAUCCUAGAGAUAUACCUAGUACUAUAAGUAGUGUAGUAUAUCCUAGUGGUAUAUCUGAUACUACAACUGAUAGUGAUGUAAUUUAUCGUGGAAAUGUACCUGCUACUAUUAAUAGUGGUGUAGUUUAUCCUAGUGGUAUAUCUAGUACUAAAGCUAGAGGUGCUACAGCUUAUAGAACUAUACCUGGAUCUACAAUUGGAAGUAGUGUUUAUCCUCAAAGUCUAUCUGAUGCAACAAUUGAUGGUGGUAUUACUUACCCUAGUGUUGAUGAUGGAAUUGCGCCUAGUACUAUAACCAGUGGCACUAUAAUUUAUCCUGGUAGUAUACCUGGCACUGUAGCUAAUGAUGGUCAUGGUCAAAUUAUAACAAAUUCAAAAGCAAUUGCAGAUGCCAAAAUUUAUCCCACUGGACAAAUACCUUCAAAACAAUUCUUUGGAACUUUACCUGGUCGUACUGCAAUUGGAACUACAAAUAUUAGAGAAAUUUCUAUUACAGUUCCAAGUGGUGAAGCUUAUUCGGGAGAUAUUAUUCCAAAAACUACAGGACAUUUUAUAAUAGAUGAUCAAGCAAAAGUUAGUGCUGAUGGUAGACUUCAAGGAUCUGAUCGAAAAAUUGAAACUGAUCAAUCAGGAAUUUCUUAUCCACAUGGCAUUGUAAGAAUUCAAGCUCCUGAAGCAAGAAAAUAUCCCAAUAGUCAUACAGAAAUACCAUUAGGUUAUCCAAUGCAAGGGCAAUAUCCUAGGACAUGGCAUGACAAUAGAGGAAUUUUAACUUUAGGUCAAAUUGAUAAUGGACAAAAUAUAGAACAAUAUCCAAGUGAAAAACAAAGUAUCAGACAAUAUCCUGUUAUACAAUAUCCAUUAACUGGAGAAUCUCUAUCGAAUAUUAAAAAAAUUCCUCAAUAUUAUCAAUCUAAUACUGAUUUACAUAUAGAAAAUGAUAAUUCUAAUUCUCAAGUAUCUAGUUCUAUAAAACAAACAGAUUUAGGAACUCAAGCAAGUGCAUCUGCUCAAGGAAAAUUUGGACAAGGUACAGCUCAAUCUCAGGUAACAGGUACUUAUAGUGGUUCUGGAUCAUUCUCAGCUCAAGCUGGUAGUACUGAUAUUAAUAAAAGUGCACAAACAGAAAUUAAUGGUGGUAAAGAAGGUGCUGUAAGUAAUGCUCAAGCACAUGGUGGUUAUGGAAAAAGUCAAGCACAAGUACAAUUAAAUUCAGAAUUAGGUGCUACAACAACAGGUGCACAAAGCAGUGGUUGGAAUCAUGGUACAAAUUCUCAAGUACAAGCAAGUUCAAAAGGUGGAAUGGCGGAUGCUCAAGCAAACGGUGAAGGAAGUACUUCAAGUCAAGCUCAAAUUGGUUUUCAACCAUAUCUUAAAACAGAUGAAAAAAUUGAAAAAUACUUGAAACCAUUUCACGGAAGUGGAACAGCUUCCGCUCAAAGUGGAACAUAUACAGGACAAUCUCAAUCUCAACUUGAAGGAUCUUUUCAAUAUGGAAUUACUUAUACUGGUGCUGCACAAGCAGGAUCAGGAUCUGGUGCAGCAGCUUCUAGAAAACCAUUUAAUUUUAAUUUUACAAAUACUGAAUUAUUUAAGUCAUUUAAACCAUCUUAUGAAUCACAAAUUGUAUCAAAAAAUGAUAGUAAAAUAUCAAAUAUAUCAUUAAAUACAGAUUACAAAUAUAAUCAAGACAAAUUUCAAAGUUUACAGACUAGUUCUAGUUCUCAAAAAAAAGUUAUUAUUAAGUUAACAAAUGAUAGUUCACUAAACAUUGUAAGCAAACCAAAUCAAUCUAUUGAAAAAUCACAAAUAGAUGAUACAGUAUAUGAUGAUUAUGAAGAAGAAUAUGAUAGUGAAGAUUAUAAUAUCUCACCAAUACAAACUUCAAUAAAUCCAAAAAUUUCACAAAUUUAUACUCCAGAACAAAAUAAUAGUAAUCAUCAAUCACAAACAAUACAAGCAUCUAAAAAUCAAUAUAAUUUUCAUGUAAAACAAAAUACAAAUACAGCACAAGCUGAAAAUAUACUUCAAUCUGGACAAUCAUUAUCAGGAUAUACUAUACCACAUGGUUUUCGUGGCAGAGUAACAUCUAUAGCUGGUAAUGAAACUAUUGCUCAUAACAAUGGAAAAUCUCAAUCUCAAACAGUUUCUUUAAUUCCAAAGGAAUCAAGUGUGAUUUAUAAAAUUAAAUCACCCAUUUCAGAAAUCAGAUCUCUUAAAACUAAUCAUGAAAAAUUAAUAGAAAAUCAUAUUUCAUCUAAAGAAAACCAAAAACAUCAAACUUCCACAGAAUAUACAAAAUCUGCUCCUAAUAUAUCAAUAAAACCAAGUUAUUAUACAAUUACAAAUAGUAUAGCUGGUAAAAUGGGUGAUAAAAAUUCUCCGAGAAAAUAUGAACAUCGUUAUUAUACUAAAAGUUCAACUUGUGGAUAUUUUACAUUUUCUUGUAAUAUUGUGUAUGGUUCUAAUGGUAGAACAAAAAUUUGCAAGCCAAAAAUGCCAACAUAUCCUGAUGGUACACCUAUGAAAUGUUAGGUCAAUAAUGAUCAUUAACUUUGAAAAUUUUUAUAUUAUUUACAAAAACUUAAUUUUAUUUAUAGAUUAUUUCAUAUUUUAUUAAUAUUAGAGAAAUUUUUUAUUACAACUUAGAUUACUCUCCUUGUUUAUUUUUGCAUUAAUUUUAUGAUCAUUCAUAUAUCUUAUGAAUGUAAUCAUAUUUUUACUAUUUCUUUUACAUAUACACAUAUUACAUAUCAUUUUUUAUUGAGGUACUUGUAUUGAGUGUUAUAUAUUAUAAAUUUAAUGUUACAUCAAUUUUUAAUAUUUAUACUCUUUUAUCAAUAAAACAUGUGUCAA